AGCUCAAGAUACAGAGAAGGGAGCCCCGAAGUGGGCCGGCCGCCUGAGGGCUGAGGACUCAUGGCGGCCCUGGACGCCGACCGAGGCGCCAUCCCAAAGCAUCCGCAGCAGCUCUUCUUCGACAAUGUCAACCCUGCCACGCGCCUCUUGGAGAAGCGACGUCAGAUGUACGAGGUGCAGGAUGCUUUAGACAAUCAGAAGGCGCGCUUCGCCAAGGAGGAAGACCAGUUCCGGAAAAAGGAAGAGGAGCUCCGGACCCAGGACUUAAAACUCCAGAGCCAGUUGGUGCAGUUCAACAAGUUCCUGCAAGACAACGAGGCGAAGAGACGGCGCUCAGAGACGCGCGCACAUGAAGAAGCUGCCCAGAUCAAGCAGAAGGAUGAUGAGAUCCUGGAUUUGGAGAAGCAGUUGGAAGACAGCCGAUCUCUGUGCGCCAAGCUAGAAGAGGAGAAGGAACGGAACAUGAAGUACGAGGAGUUUCUGGAGCUGGUCAAGGAAACCUGCGACGACUAUGCUGAGAUCUCGGAGAUCGUGGAGCGGCAUGCCACGCUGGAGAGCGCCAACACGGACCUGGCGGAGCAGCAAACGGAAUGGGAGACCAGCAUCGAGGAGCUGAGGAGCCAGUUCCAGACCUACAAGAAGGAGCAGGAAAACGAGAUGAUGGAGUUGCGAAACAGGGUCGCGAUGCUUCAGAUAGAGCUGGACGAGUGCCAGAAGAAGCGGCAACAGCUUCAGCAUGACUUCGAUGAAGCCACGCAGGAGGACUCCAGGCACUCGCUUUUCUUCGGGCAGAUCCUUAUGUCUGUGGAGAACUUGUUCCUCCGCUGCACGACCAAGAGGAAAAACAUCCAGCAUGCCCAAACCCCGGUGGAUGACGAGGGCAAGCAAGAAGGUGAGGAGGGCCAGGAUGAGAGUGAGGACUCCUUCCGGAAGAAGAAGGAGACUGCCAUAAGGCAACUCAAGGUCAUCUUAGCCUACCUCAAGGAUUUCAAAGAGAUUUGCGAGAUCCUUCGGAAAGAGCGGCGAGGAGAUCCUACCCGUGCCAAGGGUAGCGCUCUUGAAGCCGUCACCGCGCAAGAGCCCAACAUCCGAUUUGAGGCCGAAAUGCCUCGCGGGGGUGACCGCGGAUCACAAAACUCAGGCUCCCAGGGCAAUACCAAGGAGCUGCGGCCGAGCGCGAAUAUCAGCACCACUCAAGACUUUUGAGUGGCUUGGUCGCCGCUUUGUCCAUUUGCAGUGCAAGCUGGCACCGCAGACUAUGUUCGGUC